AUGGAUUCAUUUGCGAUGUUGAACGAGGAAGUGUUCAAACAUCUGUGCAGCUUGGCUAUCGACAAAGUAAGCGACAAGACAGAAAGAAGGAAGGCAGGCUGUGGUGGUGUGGCCAUGAGAAAAAGACUUCUUAUAAAGAACUUCGUUAAUGAUCUUUGUCGGAAGAAAGAUGAACAGGCGGAAGAACAGAAUGGGGAGAAUUACUCAUCUCAGGAAUACGACAACUGCGCUGAGAGUCCCGAAAAUGAUGGAAGUACGGAUAUAUCGUAUGAGGUUGAAAAAUCCCGUAGUAGUUCGGACUUUUCUGAUGAAGAGUUUGAAGAGGGGGAUGUCAUGAUACCGGAAGAUGACGAUAUGACUCCUGCGGUAAGUAUGCCAUAGCA